UAUGAAAUGCUUGCUUUCAUGUGUCAGUGGUGCACAUUUUAUAGAACUCAUACAGUCUUGUUCUUUUCUCUCAUGUGCAGCCUGCUCAUCUCUCCAGCAUGUGGAAAGUGGCACUUCUGGUUCUGGGUACUAUACUUACUCUGAGGGGGUUGGCAAAGGGGGCUCCGCUGAGGCCAGAAGAAAAAUGGAAACCUCUGGACAAUCCCAGAAACCGAGAUCUGUUUUUCAGAACACUCCAGGGUUAUUUUUCGGGAAGAGGUCUUGAUCUGAGAAAGUUCCUAGAUACUUUCUCCAUGAAUAAUGACAGACCCAGGCCUGUAGCUAUCUACUCGGAUCCCACUGCUUCUGCAUUUGCAGAUUAUGAAGAAAAGAAAAAAUUAUUUCAGAACUACUUCAAAGGCUGAAAGAAGCUGCUGACCAAGGUGGUUACUUUUGGACUUCAUGUGAAUUGGAAGCAUACAUGGCAAAAUGUUACUGCUUUGGGGUUUCUAACUAUUAUCUGACAAUUUAACAUUUUCUUCAGCAUCCGAGUCUUAACAUAUACAAAUCUGACAUCUGGCUGCAAUUGCCAUAUUUGCUCACUUUUCAGGUGGUGAGGUAUGGAUGGUUGUGAAGAUUGGUCUGACAAGAUUUUACUUGUUGAAAUGUAAAUGAAGGAAAAGUUAAAUCUGAUGUAGUAUGUCUGACUAUUCCUAAUUGUCUUUGUCAAGGAAUGUAAAUAAAUGUUACCUUUUAAAUUGAUUACAUCUAGGUUUUAGAUA